UGUGAAUGGACGGUUAUGAUUUCGUCGAUCGACGGUCGGAUCCGGCCCGAUGAUCUACACAGCGGCGGAGCUCUAAACCCUUCGAACUCUCUCAUCGUCGUCUUCGUCUUCGUCUCCGUCUCCAUCUCUCACACUCCGAAGCGAAAUCGAAAUCGAGAGCCGUGGAGCGAAUCCGCCAUGUCCACGCUCGAGAUCGAAGCUCGCGAUGUGAUAAAAAUCGUCCUUCAGUUCUGCAAAGAGAACUCUUUGCACCAGACCUUCCAGACAUUACAGAGCGAAUGCCAAGUCUCAUUAAACACAGUGGACAGUCUCGAAACAUUUGUAGCCGAUAUAAAUAGUGGAAGAUGGGAUGCAAUACUGCCUCAAGUGGCACAGCUAAAGCUGUCUAGGAAGAAAUUGGAAGACUUAUAUGAACAGAUUGUUUUGGAAAUGAUUGAGCUCCGUGAGUUGGACACUGCACGCGCUAUUCUGAGGCAAACUCAGGUCAUGGGUGUGAUGAAACAAGAGCAACCCGAAAGAUAUUUACGCCUUGAGCAUCUCUUAGUUCGAACAUACUUUGAUCCCAAUGAGGCUUACCAAGAAUCAACUAAGGAGAAGAGGCGUGCUCAAAUUGCACAAGCUAUUGCUACUGAGGUUUCUGUGGUCCCACCAUCUCGGUUAAUGGCAUUAAUUGGUCAGGCUUUAAAGUGGCAGCAACAUCAAGGACUGCUACCCCCAGGCACACAAUUUGAUCUAUUUCGAGGAACUGCAGCAAUGAAGCAAGAUGAAGAAGAAACGUACCCAACAACUUUAGUACACCAAAUAAAGUUUGGGAAGAAAAGUAAUCCUGAAUGUGCGCGAUUCUCACCAGAUGGUCAGUACCUUGUAUCAUGCUCAGUGGAUGGACUUAUCGAAGUUUGGGAUUACAUAAGUGGGAAGCUUAAAAAAGAUCUUCAGUAUCAAGCUGAUGAAAGUUACAUGGUACAUGAUGAAGCUGUGCUCUGCCUUGAUUUUAGCAGAGAUUCGGAAAUGCUAGCAUCUGGAUCACAAGAUGGAAAGAUUAAGGUUUGGCGUAUCAGAACCGGUCAGUGCUUGCGGCGUCUUGAGAGAGCACAUUCUCGUGGUGUUACUAGUCUUUCAUUCUCACGUGACGGAACACAGCUACUAAGUGCAUCCUUUGACAGCACUGCAAGAAUUCACGGUCUCAAGUCAGGGAAGAUGUUGAAGGAAUUCCGAGGUCACACCUCUUAUGUGAAUAAUGCAAUUUACACAAAUGAUGGUAGCCGUGUUAUCACUGCUUCAAGUGAUUGUACUGUCAAGGUGUGGGAUAUGAAAAGUACAGAUUGUCUACACACAUUCAAGCCACCACCUCCUUUAAGGGGAGGAGAUGCUUCGGUGAACUCCGUUCAUUUGUUUCCCAAAAAUACUGAGCACAUUGUUGUGUGUAAUAAAACAUCGUCGAUAUAUAUCAUGACUCUUCAAGGCCAGGUUGUAAAAAGUUUCUCAUCUGGUAAGCGGGAAGGGGGAGAUUUUGUUGCGGCCUGCGUCUCCCCGAAAGGAGAAUGGAUAUACUGUGUUGGUGAAGAUAUGAACAUUUAUUGUUUCAGUCAUCAAACUGGCAAGCUGGAACAUCUAAUGAAGGUCCACGAGAAAGACGUAAUCGGAGUCACCCAUCACCCUCACAGGAACUUGGUGGUCACCUACGGCGAAGAUUGUACCAUGAAAAUAUGGAAGCCUUGAUUUGGUCGGCACGGAUUCGCGCUUUCCAGUUCCGGAGUGUUGGCCUAGUUUGUACACUUUUUUUUUGUAUUUUUCAUAUCUUUAUUUUUCGUAGUUUCAAGUGUAGUAUGUAGGGGAAAGAUGAUGGUUUAUCGGAAUGAAUUUAUGUAGUUGACGGGAAAGAGGAUGAUGAAGGAACAGUCCAUAUGAUUAGAGUAGCACUUGGGUUGGAAAAGGGUGAUUGGUAGAUCAUUUUAUAUUGAGAAAGAACCGCCGCGAUUCUACC